AUGAGUCUUGCUCUAGUCUCACAGGUCAUCGGGUUCAUCUCCUUUGCCAUCACCCUCAUGACUCUGCUCGGCGUCUACCGGGAUCUCAUUUCAACCAUGCGCCAUGCAGACACCUUGAUCCCCAUCAUGCUUGGCAACUUGCGCCAGGAGAUCGAGGCGGAGAAGGUGCUCCUCCGCCAUCGCAUCCGCGAAGGUGACCCUUACUCUGUUUUCCCCAACCCGCGCGCUCGGCGCAAACGACGCCGUCAGCAGAAAGACAGGAUGGAAGUGGCACAACUACUCGAAUCCACCAUCAAUGACUUGUGGCAGCAAUUCAAGAACGUCGAAAGGCCGUUUUUGAUCAGGGAUCCUAUGCGUGCCGAGCAGGUCCAGAGGGGUGACUACUGGGGAGAGAGUGAUGUUGAUGAAAAGCAUUCUGCCAGACCCAGUGGCCGGCGCAGCAGCAACGACAACCGCAAGAAGGUAAAGGACCGUGUGGGUAUGGCGGAGGCUGGGUUGUCGUCAAACCAGCAGUGGUACUAUCGAACUGAUCUGGUCCAUCGAUUCAUUUGGUAG